AUGUUAAAAUUCGUUUUAUUUAUUUUAUUCUUGAAUUUUAUUGAUGAUGUUACUCUGCGAUAGGGAGGGGAUGGCCAAAUGUUAUUUGUGAAUGGGAAACCACAUUAGGUAUUGGUGAAAUAAAAGCGAUUUGCAUAAUUGAGAUCUAUGCCAGAGUUAUCAGAAGAUGAAGGAGGAGAUGAUGGUGGUGGAGAUGAUAUGGGUGAUGAUGAGAUUGAAGCAGGAGGAGGUGGGGGUCCUAGUUUGGGUGGAUUAGGAGGAUUAGCAGGUGGAAAUCCGAGAGAUGCAGAAACAGAAGAGAAUCUAAGAUUGGAUGCCUGGUCUAUCAUAAGAAGUUUAGACGAAUUUAUGGUUGUUCAGAAUCAGAGAUUGAUGGAUGCAUUAUAUGGAGAUGCAAUAGAAUAAAAUGAAGAAAUGGAAGAAUUAAUCUACGAUUUGACUGACAACAUCGAUCAUUGGACCUAUAGAGUCUAUAGUAAAUUCUAAAAAACGAACCUUGCUCUAGAAGACAGUAGAUACACAUCAGCAAAAACAGCUAUAAUAGCAAUUGAAAGUCAAAUUAGAAAGGCUAAUUAGCAACUUAAAAUAUAUUAUGGUUAGUUGUAUAGGUUGUAGGAUCAAAUCCCCGAUGAGGAAGAACAAUGCGCAUAGUUCUAUACAUGCAAGGAAUGUCUGAGCAAUCAGGGUUGUGGAUGGUGUCCUUUAAAUGAUAAAUGUGUGGUUGGAGAUGAGAAUGGGCCACUCUUCUAACAAUGCCAACAUUACAACUAUUAGUUCUGCUAAGGUAAAUAAUGCUUGAAAUAUUCUACUUGUAAUACCUGUCUAUCUGACUCUGAAUGUGGAUGGUGCUAAGUGGAUGAAGAUGACAUCAAGGUUUGUCUCUAACAACCCAGGAAUUUCGAAGGUUGUCCUGAGGGUCAUUGGCAUCACAUAGCAGGGGAGCAAUUUGCCUGUCCAUUUAAGAAAUAGAAACAAAAGAUGGAGGAGGAUGUGCCUGUUCAUAAAUUUUGGAUGAGACCCAAGGCUCCACCUCCUGAGUGUAAACCUGUGGAUUCUGCUAUGAGAGCGAAGAUUUAAAAGGAGAGACAAGAAUAUAAUGAUAAGUCAGAAUAUAAGGGGGAAUAAAAUAGAAAUAAAGAAGUGUAAUUGAAUUAUAAGAACACUCUUCAGCAAAAAGUAGUUUAAUUAAAGAAUUUAGUAGAAGAACUCUUAGAAAGAAGGGAUGACAUCUAAGCAUGGGUGGAUGAGUAUAUGAAGGCUAGAGGCAUAGAACCAUCGGAACCAGCUGAAAAUCAAGAUUAGGAUGCAGGAGAAGAAUCCCCUCAGGAAAAUUAAGAGUAAGAGGAUUCAUCCAAUGCUUCAGGAUAAGGAGCCAACAACAGGAUCUAAGUGAAAAAAGAGAAAAAGUAGAAGAAAAUUGUGUAAAUAUUUGCUGAAGAAACAGCAAUGCCAGAGGAAGAAUAAAUGCCUGAAGCAUUAUAAGAAGAAGUGUAGGAAGAAGUAGUUGAAUAGGGAGAAGAAGACGUGGAAUAUGUGUUUGAGACAUCCAAAGAAUAUAAGGUAGAUAUUCGUGAAAUUCACGUGGAGAAGGAGAAGAAGAAGAAGGUUGACAAGGAGGAAAUUGAGGAUAAAAAAUAUAAGGAUCAAGGAGAUAGAGAUAUAGAAGGAGAUUUAGAAACAGAUUAUUACAAAGAUUAUUAUAAAUAAAGGAAAAAGCAUUUUAGAGAUUUUGAGAAGUAUUAUCCAAAAUGAGAAUUAUUCGUUUUUCUAAUAGUUAAUUAUGUUUAUUA